CAGUAAUAUGAACAUAAUCAAUAAUUUUGGUUUCGACGACGGCACAUCCAUUCACAGCAUGGAUUUAGAUCAAGGCAUUCUAACGCUAGAAAUGGCCAUUACUCAAGAACACAUCAAUGUCGCCGGCACGCUCGAUGAGGGCCUCGUAGCCACCCUGGCAGACAACCACACGAGUUAUCUCCUCAUGUCCCACUCUCUCAUCAGGAACCCUGGGGGGAUGCCCAUUUCUGUCUCCCUCUCGCUCAACGUCCAAGCGCUAGCUCCUAUUGAGCCGAAUACAAAGGUACAUGUGGUAUGCCGAGUGGGCAAUGCAAACUUGGCCAAACUGCAUGUCACAGUAAUGUUUGUUGAUGCUGAACGGCCCAGUGUCGUGUAUGCUUGGGCUUCGCAUACAAAACACUCAAAGGAUAUUUUGGGCUUUGCCAAUUUCAAAGCAGCAAAGAUGUAG